AUGACGGAAGAGCGACUUGUAACCGAAGUGCCCAGCAGCCUAAAACAAUUAGCUAGGCUAGUCGUACGUGGAUUUUAUACAAUUGAAGAUGCUCUUAUAGUAGACAUGCUUGUUAGAAAUCCUUGUAUGAAGGAAGAUGAUAUCUGUGAGCUUUUAAAAUUUGAACGGAAGAUGUUGCGAGCAAGAAUUUCCACAUUGAAAAACGACAAAUUUAUUCAAGUUAGAUUGAAAAUGGAAACAGGUCUCGACGGGAAAGCGCAAAAAGUUAACUACUAUUUUAUAAACUAUAAGACAUUUGUGAACGUCGUGAAAUACAAACUGGACUUGAUGCGCAAGCGAAUGGAAACCGAGGAAAGGGACGCAACGAGCCGUGCUAGCUUCAAAUGCCCCUCCUGUGGUAAAACAUUUACGGAUCUCGAGGCGGAUCAGUUGUACGAUAUGAUGACACAAGAGUUCCGGUGUACCUUCUGUAACCAAGUCGUUGAGGAGGAUCAAUCGGCACUGCCUAAAAAGGACUCCAGACUGCUAUUGGCCAAAUUUAACGAGCAGCUGGAAACUCUCUAUAUCUUGUUGAGGGAGGUCGAAGGUAUCAAAUUAGCACCAGAGAUAUUGGAGCCAGAACCGGUGGAUAUCAACACCAUCAGAGGAUUGACGAUGAAGCAGCAGCCGAAUCGGCCUGGCGGCGAGCAGUGGUCGGGCGAAGCGACACGCAGCCAGGGCCUCGCGGUCGAGGAGACGCGCGUCGACGUCACCAUCGGCGAGGCGGACGCCGCCGGCGACGCCGCCACCCAGCGCAAGGAGCGCCCCGUCUGGAUGGUCGAGAGCACCAUCGCCAACGAACAGAGCGACAGCGUGCACUCGUCCGAUAUGGCGCUUGAGAAAGCUGCAAGUAAUGCCAGUAACAUGAAGGGCACCGGAAAAGAGAAGAACGAUGACAUUAUGUCUGUCCUGCUUGCACAUGAGAAGCAGAACACAUCAGGCAACAACGUGUCCAACGCUUUGAAGGGAAUUGAGCCGGAGAGUUCCGAUUCGAGUGACAACGAAUCCAAAGAUCCAUAUAAACUAAAGGACGAGCUGGCGGCAGUCGCCGAAAUGGAGAGUGAAGAUUCAGACUCGGACGACAACGCACCCACAGUAAUGGUGAACGGCAAAGCGGUUCCUUUGACCAGUGUCGAUGAUGAUGUCAUUGCCAAAAUGUCACCCUCGGAGAAGGAGACAUACAUACAAAUAUAUCAAGAGUACUACAGCCACAUGUAUGAC